AUGCAGGGGGCACAACUCACUUCACAGGUCCUUUUGGCAACGGCCAUCCUCUACGCUUGUAUGGUGCCUGCUGCGUGUGUCUACGAGACACAGAUCCUGGCGUUCCUCAAUGAGUUCCGAAUGCGCAUGUGCCAUCCCAUCCCAAAUCUGGGCCUGCCCGCCUUGGAUCCUCUGCAGCUGGGUCCGGCCGAGACAGCACUGAACAAUAAAUACCUGGUGGAUUUCACUGGGUCCAUCGACAACUUCACAUUGCACGGACUAUCCGAUUUUGAUGUGCCUGCCCUUACUUUGACCCCGGUGCCUGCCUUAAGAAACACCAUCAACGUCACCUUCCCACUCACAUACUUCGAAUCCUUGUACACCGCUAAAGGAUCGUUAGCCUACAUCCUGAACAUGGCCGGCGAUGGCAAUGCCGAGACCUCCGUUACAAACUUUUCGAUCCUGAUCUCUUUUCGAUUGAGGUCCGUGUCGCCAUUGGCCAUAUAUUCCCUGCAGAUUGAGCUACAUUUAGGAGAUCUAAAGAUUAACUUUGACAACCUGCUGGAAGAGGAGCGGAUCAAUGAAUUUAUUCAUGCUUUGGUCAACGAAAUGGGAGUGGAGCUUCUCGGAGACAUUUGGGACUAUGGGCAGGACACGGCAGUCUCUAAAGUGCAGACGGCUGUCAACAAUUUUUUGGGAAAAUUCUCUCUUCAGGACAUUCUCCAAAUAAUAAUUGGUGGAGGUGGCGGCGAAGAAAGUGCUCCCAUUUUCGAUGGCGUGGAGCCCGACUGCAAACUUGAGGCAAACUCAAGUAACUAAGACUGAAAUCUGAUGAAUUUUCCAUAAACUUAGAAAUAAAGAAAUAUUAGAUGUAAA